AUUUUGACGAUGGAAGCUGAUCAAGUUGGCCCUGGGGCUAGCCAUCAGUGUCAGUUCAGUGUCCGAAACUGAAUUCAUUUCCCAGCCGGAAAAUUAUUUUUAAUAUCAAGGCACCUGGCAGUAGGACAACUUAACUUAACCCCCCCGACGACUCCCCCCCGCAGCUUUUGCACCCAUCGAAUCGAAGCGGAAACCCCUCAGUGUCGCUUCCUCGUUCAUCUUGCUCUAACGGGACUCAACAUCCUAGCCAAGAUGGGCAACAAAAGGCGUCGCGAGGACACUAGCAGCGAGACAAGCGAUUCCGAAGACAUGUUGGUACCAAGCUGCAGCCGCGAGGCCUGCCAGCGUCGCUUUCCGGAUCAGGAGUUACGUGAUCGCCGUCGCAGGCGUAUAUUCGUUCACCGUCGUCAAAAACGACGCUAUACCAAUGUCAAUGGCAAUAGCAGCGCCUCGGAGGCCGGACAAACUGAAAGAAUCAUGGAUUGUCGUCGUCGUCUUCGCUUUAAGAAUUCGCAUCUGGCUGCGCCUGCGCCUUCGCCUGAGCCAGAUCGUGCCUCCGAGGAGGACAACAAAUGGCAUGAUAUUGUCUUCGCUGCCUUGGCAGUGGUUUUAGUCAUUUUAUUCAUGGAGACAUAUAUUGCAACUUGGUUUGUCAGCUACCUAUGCGGCAUCGUGGCCUGCUGCACUUUCUGUUGCCUUUUCAUGAUGCCAAAGAAUGGCAACUAGGACGUUAAGGGACAGAACUUAACAAGGCUAUAGAGAACAAGACUAAAGAGGUGGAGAGACAUCGGUGUUUGGCCAGGCAUUACACAUAUUUUACAAAGCAAAUAUCGAUAGUUCUCACCCUCUAUGCAACAAUUCAUGAUGCCAAAUAACAACAACACUUCAAUCAUUCAUUUAUGCCUUUUCGCCAAUUUAAACAUUAAUUCCUAUGCUUUAUAACUUCAUGAAAAUAUCUAACAGAUUUUAUGUUUGGGUUCCAAUCAGAAACCUUUAUUCCAACGCUCAACAAUUCAACAAUUUAUCAAUUCCAACACUUGACAAUACCAUGUAAAAACUCAAGUCAAAAACUUUUAUUCCAACGCUCAACAAUUCAUCAAUAUCGCAACUCCAACACUUGACAAUAUCACGUAAAUUUUUACAAAUUAUUGUUCUCUAUUUUUGGAAUAAAUUUACAUUUAUAUUUAUCCACAA